UGUGUGUAAUGUUGCAAUGAACACUGGUGUACAAGUAUCUCUUAGAGAUCCUGUUUUUAAUUCAUUUAGAUAUAUUUUUUAGUAUUUUUAAACUUUUUAACUAUGGAUAAUUCCAAACAUACACAUAAGUAAAUAAAACAGUAUGAUGAACAUGUGGGCUGAAUAAAUGAGUCAGUUAAUUGUACAAAGGAGCCCCCCAAAAUACCUGGGAGUUUUCCUGAACCUCCCUUUCAUAGAGAGUUUGCUAUGGGUGAGGAUGUCCUGGGCUUUGUUUCAGACCUGGGAUGUUCUAGCUGCCCUUCAUCAUCUAGGCCCUCAGCCAUCAAUGUGGCUUGAAUGCCCAUCUGCAGACCAUAUAUACUAGGAGGGUUAGUAGAUAGAAACAAGCAGAAAUGAGUGUAGAUGCCUUUUCCUAGUUACAGAGAUGAGGAGCUGAGCUUGCGGUGCAAAGUGGUCUUUGGGCCUAAGAGUUUGCUCUGGAUCAGCAACUCCCUCAGAUGCACAGUUGUCCUGAAAGCAGUCACUUGGAAGAGAGACGUUGGAUACCGGAUGAUACGGAAUAGCAGACUGGGAAGAUGAGUUGUUCACGCAGGAAUUGCUAUAGGAAUUCAGAGGAGAAAGAAAUGAAUCCAGACUGGGAAAAUCAAGGAAGGCUAUUCUCAAAGAAUGUGGUGGUGACUUUACCCUUUUUCCAUUGACCUUAAAAAUUCACUUAUGUACAUGCACAUAAUAUUGCAUACUUCAGAGGCGGCUUCUAGGACCUACUGAAGUUUAUCCUCUAGCAGUCCAUGGACUCCACGGACUCCAACGGAAGAAUGCAGACAAUCAAAUGCGUGGUUGUAGGAGAUGGGGCUGUAGGUAAGACCUGCCUCCUCAUCAGUUACACAACGAAUGCCUUUCCUGAGGAGUAUAUCCCCACUGUCUUUGACAACUAUAGUGCCCAGACAUCUGUGGAUGGCCAAAUCGUCAGCCUGAACCUGUGGGACACAGCUGGCCAAGAGGAGUAUGACCGACUGCGAACGCUGUCCUACCCCCAGACCAAUAUCUUUGUCAUUUGUUUUUCCAUUGGCAACCCAUCCUCGUAUGCCAAUGUGAGGCAUAAGUGGCACCCCGAGGUCUCCCAUCAUUGUCCCAAUGUGCCUGUCCUGCUGGUAGGUACCAAGAGAGACCUGCGGAAUGACGCUGAGACAGUGAAGAAGCUGAAGGAACAGAGCCUAGUGCCCACAACUCCUCAGCAAGGCACUUCCCUGGCUAAGCAGGUGGGGGCUGUGAAGUAUCUAGAAUGUUCAGCCCUGAUGCAGGAUGGGGUACACGAGGUAUUUUCAGAAGCUGUUCGGGCUGUGCUUUACCCUGCCACAAAGAAGAACACCAAGAAGUGUGUCCUUUUAUAGCUUUUGGGGUGCUACUUGGAGACUGCACCUAAGGGGGAAUGAGAGGGAUUCCUUUGAUAGCAUUGAACAAACAAUGCCAGCAUGAGCCAUUUGUCUCUUUUCCUAGAAACCCUAGACUCCAGGUUAUUGGGCUUUUGGAGGAACAAAGACAGCCUUGUUUGUACAUGGCUGCUUUGAAGUUUGGUCUGAACCUUUUGGAGGAAGUUUGGGGAGAGAUAGAGAGUGAGAGAGAGAGAGACUGACUGACUGACUUUUACCUCUAAAUUAGCUUUCCUAGCUGUAUUUACCAUUGAGUAAGUGCCUCACAGAAAGACAAGUUUCUACAGUUUUCAAAUCAUUGCCUUAAACUUUCCGAUAUAUUAAUUUUAGAAAAUCAUUUUAUAUGUGAUUCCUGGGUGUUCCUGGUGUCAACAUGUUCUUCCCAUUCUGGAGAUGAGACAUGCUUGCAAAAAUGGUUAAGCAGCAUUUUUCAAAGUUCUGGGAGAUACUAAUAGACGUUCCUUGACAAGGUUCUGUGGUCAAGUACGUCAGGAACCAGUGGGUUUUUUAAGUGUUUAUUUAAAUUCCAGUUAGUUAACAUACAGUGUAAUGUUAGUUUCAGGUGUACAAUAUAGUGAUUCAACACUUCCGUACAUCACCUGGUGCUCAUCACAAGUGCCCUCCUCCUUAAUCCCCAUCACCUAUUUCCCCCAGCCCCCCCACCCACCUCCCUCUGGUAACCAGUGAUUUAAAUAAAGCGGGACUGGUUCCUCUACUGGGGGGAUUUAUAACUUUUAAUAAGUGGGCAACAUUUCCCAAAUUUAUUUCACUGAAUCUUUUCUUUUUUUUUUUUUUUGGUUCCACGCAACACCUGUUAACAUCUCUGGAAGCACAGUUUGAGAGAUGCUGGGUUAAGAGGAACUAGAAAAUCCCAAAGAGGCUGUGGUGAAAAAAAAACAUAAUGUGGUCCUGUUCUUUUUGAUGUUUCCCUCUUUAUGCCUUUGAGGGGAAUGUUUAUCAGCCACGGACUUGUUACUGGUUCCUCUUCUGCCCUCAGGAGAUGAGUUUGGCACUUCGUCACGGUAGCACAGCACGUUGGAUGUGGGGUCCGAUGGUCAGAUCUGCUAUCAGAUUAUGAUAGCACUAUGGGCCUGGUGUUGUGGAAUUAAUCCCCCAUAAAGCUGUGUCCCUGAGGCCUCUGUGAGGCCCUUUUUUUCUGUCAGCUUCUGCUUCAGGGAAAGACCACUGAAGGUUAGCCCCACAAACCAACCAACCAACCAACCAACCACCCAACCAAAAUGUUCUGCCAGUCAUUAUCAGGGAGUUGUGUGAUUCUUCUCAGUGUCCUACCUUGCUGUCUUCCUAUUCCUCCCUCCUCUGUACAUUGUGUGUGUGUGUGUGUGUGUGUGUGUGUAUUUUCAGUCCUGGUUGCCUUUUGAGGUCUUUUAGUUGCUUGAAGAAAGUUGGAGUAUGUUGGAUCUCCAGACCCCGGGGCUGUCACAUUUGUGGGGAUUUUGCUGGGGGAUUUCAGCCUGCCCUGCAGCGGUAGGAGUCAGAUUCCUUACCCCAGUAAGCCUGCUUCUCCUUAUUCUCCCUAGUUGUAUUUUUGACCUUCUUCAUUUGAUAUGGAAGGAAAACUUACUUCUCCACCUGGCAGAUAAUAGUUGACAACUCCACUGUGCACAUAUUCUCUUACCCUGCCAAAAUAAGCAUUGGAUCUUUGAGAGUUUGGGAAAUGGAGUUAAAAGAAUCACGUAGCUCCUUCUGUGGUGAAUGAAGGGUCUGUGCUUUGCUCUGGGAUGGUCUUGCUGUUGCUCUUUGACAUUAUAUGAUCAGAUUAGUCCUCAGGUUAACUGAGCCUCCUGGAUAGGGUUGCCAGAUAAAAGAGAGUAGUUUUGUUUUUGUUUUUUUUACAAAUAAUUUUUUAGUGUAAGUAUGUACCAUGCAAUAUUUGGGACAUAGGGUCAAAAAAUUAUUUGCUGUUUAUCUGAAAUUCGAAUUUAAUGCAGCAUCCUAUAUUUUUGUUUGCUAAAUCUGGCACCCCUAUUCUUGGAGAAGCGGAAGCUGGAGGUUGAGCAGAUACCAAGUGUUGUUAGAAAGUGAAAGGUUACAUAAGCUCACUAUUCUUCCUCCUUUCCUUCUGGUUUUCCUUUCCCUCACCAUGGACUAAAGUGUUCUGUUUUGCUUUUCCUUUAUCCCUGUACUCUCUUCAUACAGUAAUUCAUUGGUGUAUAUUUCUACACCAUUGUCUAAAGCUGUGGAGGAUCCAGGAUGGAUAGUAUUGUCUAGUAGAUGUCUUCUAUCUCAGUUUCAAUGUGCUGUAUCUAUUUCUGGCAUGUGACCCAGGGCCUCCUGUUUGGAGGGGGGGUUGUAGGGGCUCUGUGUGAACAGGGUGUUAACUGGAAGAGGGUGAGGGUGGCCCUCCUUAACUAAGGCCCAGUAGCACUUUGGAAAGUGGGGGUCUAUUAUUGUAGUGUGGGGACUGUAGGAGUCAACUGGCCUGUGGGCACAUGUGCCAACUGCUCUAUGUAGUCACUGAGUUUUUCCCACGGGUGGCCAAAUGAAGCACCUGUUGCUCGAGUGUAUUCUGGUCUCAGGAUGCUCGGAUUGAUGCUGCCGGAGGUGCUUACAGGACUUCAUGGUUGAAAGGGGCUGGAAACAACGGCUGUCACCUGUGUCUCUGGGAACUUUACAUUUAGCUACUGAAAUCUUUUAAAUUGGCUUUUAAUUUAAUAGCACCUCCUGCUCCUGCUUUGCCUGGGAAAAUCUCAGAUGUAAGCCUGGGCUUGGUCUGGUCAGACUCGCGUCCUCUAACGAGUGGAGGUGUGAUCCCCAAGUCUGAGAGUAUGAUUUUGUAUUGGACUCAUUUGAUGGUCCUGAACAGACACUGACAUCUUGAUUUUUAUACUUAAAAGGAAUUUGUAUGAUGACUAACAUGCUAGUACCACUUUUAAAUUGUUCAAUAAACUUUUCUGAUUUUA